AUGGAACCUGUGGGAACCUGGGAGCACCUGGGGGAACCUGGGAGCACCUGGGGGAACCUGGGAGCACCUGGGAGCACCUGGGGGAACCUGGGAACACCUGGGAGCACCUGGGGGAACCUGGGAGCACCUGGGGGAACCUGGGAGCACCUGGGGGAACCUGGGAGCACCUGGGAGCACCUGGGCGCACCUGGGGGAACCUGGGAGCACCUGGGAGCACCUGGGAGCACCUGGGCGCACCUGGGGGAACCUGGGAGCACCUGGGGGAACCUGGGAGCACCUGGGCGCACCUGGGAGCACCUGGGAGAACCUAGGGUAAUCUGUGUAUUUGGAGUGGAAGAGGAUAGCAGGACAGUGAGAGGGAAGGGGGAGCUAAGGGCUGGCUGGCUCAGGGCUGGCCUGACUCAAGGCUGGCUGGCUCAGGGCUGGCUGGCUCAGGGCUGGCUCAGGGCUGGCUCAGGGCUGGCCUGGCUCAGGGCUGGCCUGGCUCAGGGCUGGCUGGCUCAGGGCUGGCUGGCUCAGGGCUGGCUCAGGGCUGGCCUGGCUCAGGGCUGGCUGGCUCAGGGCUGGCUGGCUCAGGGCUGGCCUGGCUCAGGGCUGGCUGGCUCAGGGCUGGCUGGCUCAGGGCUGGCCUGGCUCAGGGCUGGCCUGGCUCAGGGCUGGCUGGCUCAGGGCUGGCUGGCUCAGGGCUGGCCUGGCUCAGGGCUGGCCUGGCUCAAGGCUGGCCUGGCUCAGGGCUGGCCUGGCUCAGGUUUGGCCUGGCUCAGGGCUGGCCUGGCUCAGGGCUGGCUGGCUCAGGGCUGGCUGGCUCAGGGCUGGCCUGGCUCAGGGCUGGCCUGGCUCAGGGCUGGCUGGCUCAGGGCUGGCCUGGCUCAGGGCUGGCUGGCUCAAGGCUGGCCUGGCUCAAGGCUGGCUGGCUCAGGGCUGGCCUGGCUCAAGGCUGGCUGGUUCAGGGCUGGCCUGACUCAAGGCUGGCCUGGCUCAAGGCUGGCUGGCUCAGGGCUGGCUGGCUCAGGGCUGGCCUGGCUCAGGGCUGGCUGGCUCAGGGCUGGCCUGGCUCAGGGCUGGCUGGCUCAGGGCUGGCCUGACUCAAGGCUGGCUGGCUCAGGGCUGGCUGGCUCAGGGCUGGCCUGGCUCAGGUUUGGCCUGGCUCAGGGCUGGCCUGGCUCAGGGCUGGCUGGCUCAAGGCUGGCCUGGCUCAAGGCUGGCUGGCUCAGGGCUGGCCUGGCUCAAGGCUGGCUGGCUCAGGGCUGGCUGGCUCAGGGCUGGCUCAGGGCUGGCUCAGGGCUGGCCUGGCUCAGGGCUGGCCUGGCUCAGGGCUGGCUGGCUCAGGGCUGGCUGGCUCAGGGCUGGCUCAGGGCUGGCCUGGCUCAGGGCUGGCUGGCUCAGGGCUGGCUGGCUCAGGGCUGGCUGGCUCAGGGCUGGCCUGGCUCAGGGCUGGCUGGCUCAGGGCUGGCCUGGCUCAGGGCUGGCCUGGCUCAAGGCUGGCCUGGCUCAGGGCUGGCCUGGCUCAGGUUUGGCCUGGCUCAGGGCUGGCCUGGCUCAGGGCUGGCUGGCUCAGGGCUGGCUGGCUCAGGGCUGGCCUGGCUCAGGGCUGGCCUGGCUCAAGGCUGGCCUGGCUCAGGGCUGGCUGGCUCAGGGCUGGCCUGGCUCAAGGCUGGCUGGCUCAGGGCUGGCCUGACUCAAGGCUGGCUGGCUCAGGGCUGGCUGGCUCAGGGCUGGCCUGACUCAAGGCUGGCUGGCUCAGGGCUGGCUGGCUCAGGGCUGGCCUGGCUCAGGUUUGGCCUGGCUCAGGGCUGGCCUGGCUCAGGGCUGGCUGGCUCAAGGCUGGCCUGGCUCAAGGCUGGCUGGCUCAGGGCUGGCCUGGCUCAAGGCUGGCUGGCUCAGGGCUGGCCUGACUCAAGGCUGGCUGGCUCAGGGCUGGCUGGCUCAGGGCUGGCCUGGCUCAGGGCUGGCUGGCUCAGGGCUGGCCUGGCUCAGGGCUGGCCUGGCUCAGGGCUGGCUGGCUCAAGGCUGGCCUGGCUCAAGGCUGGCUGGCUCAGGGCUGGCCUGGCUCAGGGCUGGCUGGCUCAGGGCUGGCCUGGCUCAGGGCUGGCCUGGUUCAGGGCUGGCUGGCUCAGGGCUGGCCUGACUCAGGGCUGGCCUGGCUCAGGGCUGGCUGGCUCAGGGCUGGCUGGCUCAAGGCUGGCCUGGCUCAGGGCUGGCCUGGCUCAGGGCUGGCUGGCUCAGGGCUGGCUGGCUCAAGGCUGGCCUGGCUCAGGGCUGGCCUGGCUCAGGGCUGGCUGGCUCAGGGCUGGCUGGCUCAAGGCUGGCCUGGCUCAGGGCUGGCUGGCUCAAGGCUGGCCUGGCUCAGGGCUGGCCUGGCUCAGGGCUGGCCUGGCUCAGGGCUGGCUGGCUCAAGGCUGGCCUGGCUCAGGGCUGGCCUGGCUCAGGGCUGGCUGGCUCAGGGCUGGCCUGGCUCAGGGCUGGCUGGCUCAGGGCUGGCCUGGCUCAAGGCUGGCCUGGCUCAAGGCUGGCCUUGCUCAGGGCUGGCCUGGCUCAAGGCUGGCUGGCUCAGGGCUGGCUGGCUCAAGGCCGGCCUGGCUCAGGGCUGGCCUGGCUCAGGGCUGGCUGGCUCAGGGCUGGCUGGCUCAGGGCUCAUAA